AUGCUUUGGCUGUCCCAUCAGUGCAUUAACAGGGUAUGUUCAAGGGGAAUUCUUGAGGAGCUCCCAGUUGCUCCUAAUGAAGAAAAUAGUCAAUUGUCAAGAAGUUCAGUUGACUCUCAGUACAUCCCUUAUGUAGAAGAUAUCAUCAGGGAACAUAACUAUAGUUCGUGUAGCAGAUCUAAAAGAACGCACCUCCACAAGAGGUUAUUUAACUUAUUAACCAAAAUGCCAAUAAAGUCGAUAAAAGCUCGUCAAAUAUUUGACUCCCGUGGCAACCCUACAGUUGAAGUUGACCUUGUUACUGAAUUGGGACUCUUCCGUGCAGCUGUACCUUCUGGAGCUUCAACUGGUGUCCAUGAAGCUUUAGAAUUAAGAGACAAUAUUAAAGGAGAAUAUCAUGGUAAAGGUGUACUUACUGCAAUAAAAAAUAUCAAUGAUAUUAUUGCUCCUGCACUAUUGCAAGCAAAUAUUGAAGUUACAGAACAAAGAGAGAUUGACCAGAUGAUGAUUAAACUUGAUGGCACUGAAAACAAAUCCAAGUUUGGAGCUAAUGCAAUCCUUGGCGUGUCUUUGGCUGUAGCAAAGGCUGGUGCUGCUAAAAAAGGAGUGCCUCUUUACAAGCAUUUGGCUGCUUUGGCUGGUAACAAUGAUAUCGUUCUGCCAGUUCCUGCCUUCAACGUCAUUAAUGGAGGUUCCCACGCUGGCAAUAAAUUAGCCAUGCAAGAAUUUAUGAUUUUACCUACAGGUGCUUCUACAUUCAGUGAAGCCAUGCGCAUGGGAUCUGAAGUAUAUCAUCAUCUGAAAAAGAUCAUUAAAGAGAAGUUUGGCUUAGAUUCUACUGCGGUUGGUGAUGAGGGCGGCUUUGCCCCUAACAUCCAGAAUAACAAGGAUGCUCUUUACCUCAUCCAAGAUGCUAUCCAACAAGCAGGAUACACUGGAAAGAUUGAAAUUGGUAUGGAUGUGGCUGCAUCUGAAUUCUUCAAAAAUGGAAGUUAUGAUUUGGACUUUAAGAAUCCUAAUUCCAAUCCAGCUGACUACUUGUCCUCAGACAAGCUUGCUGAGGUUUACCUUGAUUUUAUCAAAGAUUUCCCCAUGGUCUCUAUUGAGGAUCCAUUUGAUCAAGAUGACUGGGCAGCAUGGGCUAAUCUUACUUCCCGCACACCCAUACAAAUCGUUGGAGAUGAUCUUACAGUUACCAACCCAAAACGUAUCAGCAUAGCAGUGGAAAAGAAGGCCUGCAAUUGUCUUCUUUUGAAGGUCAACCAGAUUGGCAGUGUCACAGAAUCUAUUGAUGCUCAUUUGUUGGCCAAGAAAAAUGGUUGGGGUACUAUGGUGUCUCAUAGGUCUGGUGAAACUGAGGAUACAUUCAUUGCCGAUUUGGUAGUGGGCCUAUCCACGGGCCAAAUCAAGACGGGUGCACCAUGCCGCUCCGAACGCCUCGCCAAGUACAAUCAGAUCUUACGCAUCGAAGAAGAACUCGGUGCCGCUGCGAAGUACGCCGGCAAGAACUUCCGUAGACCCGUUUAAAUAAAACUCGCACAUCUAGAGUACAUAUUUGCUUUGAUCAUUUAUAAAUGACAAUUUUGUAGUUUGUCAAUGUUAAUGGUGUGCUAAGUAAUCAAAAUUCAACAUUGAAAUUACUGCAUUUUUAGUUUAAAAUCGCAUAUUAUUUUAAAGUGUUAAUUUAUUGAAUAUAGAAUAUUGUGUAAAGAUUAAGUGUAAUUAGAAAAGCGUUGUCGGACAUAAUGUCAUAUGAAUGUUUGUAGUAUGAUUAUUUAAAUAAUAUUUUUUACAUAAUUAGUAACGUUAAUUUUAAUAGAUUCAGACUUAGCGAAUAUGGAGAAAUUACAACUGCUUAGAAUGUGUUGUCAUGUCUUGUUAUAUCAAUAAAUACAAUUUUAUCUCAGAAA